GCCCAGCGCCGCCGCCGGGUAGAGCCAUGGCGGAGGGGCUGGGCACGGCUCCGCAGUUCGGUCACCCGGCGCCGCCGCCGCAGACGGGCUGGGAGCGGCUCAGGGAGCUCUGGCAGCGCGACGAGCGGCAGCAGUACCCGGAGGAAACGCUGAACAUCGUCAAAUCGGCCUUCACCGGGGGGCUGGUGGGCUGGCUGUACGGGGGGCUGCCCGCUUUCCGCCAGGCCCGCAAGUCUUUCAUCGAGAGGAGCCACGGGGAGCUCUUCCAGAACCGCGCCGAUGCGGUGCAAUCUGCGCAUCGGGCCGGUCUCAGGAGCUUCAUCCGCUACGGCUGGCGAUGGAGCUGGAGAGUUGCCGCUUUUGUGACAAUAUUCAACACAGUGAGCACUGCCCUGUCGGUAUACCGCAACAAAACCACCAUCAGUAAUUUUGCAUCAGCAGGAGCCUUCACAGGGGCCCUUUUCAGAAUGCACUUGGGCCUGCAUGGACUGGUGGGAGGCCUCGUGUUCGGAACAGCGUUUGGGAUCCCUGCGGGAGGCCUCUUAAUAAUGAUGCAGAAGCUUGCUGGUGAGACCUUGCAGGAGAAGAGAAAUCGUGAGCGCAGGGAGCUGUACGAACAGAAGUUAGCAGAGUGGCAAUCCAGGCUUAGUGUGACUGAAGUCUUAGGCCAAAUGGAAACAAACACCCAGGGAGGACCGAAGACUGAGGUAGCAAGAGAAUCCAGGAGCCACUGAAUCUCCUCCAGAUCUCUUUUAAGUGUGGCUGAGGGGGUCACAGAAAGGAUGCCUUGUUUCUGGUGGUGAUGGCAGAAGAAUUGGCACUGUGGACAGUUUUAACAACAGUACAAAGGUCUCUAACUUCUAAUCUGAAGGUUGGAAAUUCAGCGACUACCUUUGGGGGAAUUGUGGUUCAAUAAAGCCGUACAGCAGUGGUCAGUGUGUCUGCAAGAUCUUGGUGUUGGUAUAGUUUGCAUUAGAGAAACAUACUUGAGUGGUAUCUCAUGAGAAGAGCUCUAAGAUUGCACCAGUGAGCAGUAAAGUCUGGUGGUCGGUCACACAUUGUUUUCUUGUGCAGUAACAAAGACCCAGGAGAGCGUCAGCUCUGUUUAUUUUUUUGUUACUUAGGUCAACAGUGAAGUCAUAGCUGUUAUCUGUGUGUUGGGCUGAAACUAUUUUAAUAGUGUUUGGUACCCAAGAGGACCAGGUGGCUCAUUACCAUUUCCCUCAAAGCAGGUCAGAAUCCUAGGUGCCUUUGUUAAAGUUUCUUUUCCUACUAAAGGGAGUUACAUCCAGGCAGGGGGUUUGGGACUCCUUCCCACAAGAAAUGGUAAGUCAGUCCAUUUUGGAUGAAUGCUUUUCUCGUUUAGAGCUGAUGACUGCUGAAUGAAAUAUAAACAGUUGAUUCCUCACAGAGUGUAUUCCACCCAUCCAAAGCAGACUCUUGGCACAGCUUCCUCCCAAGAAGGUUUUUUUUUUCUGACUUCUGAAAUAAGC